ACUUUUACACUUUCAAUUUGAUUCCCCAUCUAUAGCAUAGCUGCACGAAGUGACGUUUUCAACUAAAACCACGGAAGUGGGGUACGGAAUAAAUUUUUCCCUGUUGAAAGCAGUUCAUCCAAGCCUGAAUUCAAGAAAUAACGACACACAUAGUUAGUUUACACUUUUUGUAUUAUAACUGGAUUAUAGGUCCCGUCUAUCUACCCUGAGUGGGUGAAAACGCGCUUUGGUGAUGAAAUUUAACUUCCUUACGGUAUAAAAUACAUUUGACCAAGACAAAUAUGAUUAUUCAUGUUCUGAAUCGUUCAGUGUGGUCUUUUUCUAACAUAUCAUUAAUAUUAUUAUUUAUUUUUUAAAGUCGGAUUUCGUAACUUCAUGCAUCAGAUAAUAAGCACCGAACUCUGUUGACAGAGCGGUGGCGCUUUCUCGCAGUAACUUUUGAGGUGUGGUGGUCCUCUACAAAGUUGUUUCCGCUGGUCGCAAAAAGCUACAUUAACAUGAAACCAGCUGAAUUAAAUGUAAAAGACAUUUCACACGGAUACGCUUGUUUUUGUACUAAAAUGUGAAAAUAUUACAUCACGUCAUGUCUCAAAAUCGAUAUCUAUAUUACCUGUAUAUUGUUUUAUGUCCUCCAGAUUCGACAAGAAAGAUGACGAGUUCAACAGUGAUCCUUAAUUCUCGCACAGCAUCCAGCCUAGCUGUCACAAUGCUAUUUACCAGAUUUUUGCCCACUUUCUUUCUCUGGCCUCCACUGAUUUAGUCACCAUAAUUUUGGCUAUCCCGAAGGGUAAACACUUUUGAAUGGAUUAUGAUAGAGACAUGGGUUUGUACCAUUGGUUUUCCUAGAGGAGUAUCUACACAAUUAACAUACUAUUUUACCCAUUAGUCAAAAGAUGCGUUUUUGACAUAUAUUCAUGUAAUAGUCCACUCCAUUACACUCAAAAGUUACUUCAACUUCAACCAGUGAAUGCUAGCGAUGGCUAGCUAUGCUAGCUAUUCUAUCAGUCUUUCUUAAAGAGUGUGAGCAAGCUAAUAGCACACCCUGCAUACACAUUUAUUUUUAUUUUUUAGGGUUAUGCAGUAGGUUGAUAACGAUAUCACCAAAGUAUGUUGUAUCAGACAUUUCAAAUGACAAUCCCAGCUAAUAAGAAAACAGUCAUGGUAUUUAAUUUAAGAGAAUUAACAAGACUGGGUUCAAUGGCAGAUAGAGAGGUAUGGCUGCUGUGAAGGAGGAAUGAGGAACUAUCAGAGGUCGAUGUCCGUGCCGGACGUUGGUGGCGUCAUCACGUUUCAUUUAAUAAAACCCUGCCUUUUCUCAUUUGGGCAAAAGUCUGUCCUCUGUGACCCGGAAACUGAUGUGGUCAAGGAGAAUGUCAACUCAUUAGUAAGCAAACGGAAGACGUCUUCCCCUCCUUGAUACUCUCCUUUUGCCGAGGAUGCACAUGUGUACCCUACCCGAGUCCUUCUCUGAAGAGUUUUGAAAUCUGCCACACCCCAUUUUAAUCAGCUAUUUUUUUCUCGACGGAGAAAACCAUGCAAACAUUUAAAAACGUUCUAUGUAUAAAAUGUCUGAGACAUCUAGCUAGAUUCAUUUUAAAUCACUUUAUACAUUUAUUUUGGGAUUCCAUUUGCCUGAUAACGUGCGAUUGAAGAAGUCUCAUUUCAUACAAGUGCAUUUUCGUCCACUUUCCAUCUCCUCGCCGCCUCUCCUUGAUUACCUUUGACCUUUGUCAAAAGCCCAGAGAGGACGGCGGAGAGAGCAAGCAGGGGUUGAGCAAAUCCAAUUGAGAAAGCCCCCCUUGUGUUAAUGCUAGAGACUUUCUGUUUAUUUGCAUGGGCUGCUUCUCAUUACACUGAAUCUGCUUGUAUCGGCCAUUCGCAUAUGUGGUAGAUAAGCGCUUGUCAGUGCCUUUGUUUGCCAGACAUGAGAGGAUAGCGACAAGUUACUUUUCACGAAAUCGUCUAUCUAGUCCGAAUGGUUUGAGCUAAAAACUAUCCCCCAAGGCUUAGACUCAGGUUUACAAUGAAAAGGGUGCAAAGAAGUUCAUGCAUGGCAUUUAUCCGAUCUUCUGUUGCAUCUCAGUUUUGUCCUAUUAGCUGUGAAUCAGGGUUGGGCUCAAUUCAGAAUUUUGGAAUUCAGUUCCAUUCAACUCAUGAGUUGAAAUUCACCACACCCUUACACCCUCUAUAAAAUGUCGAAUUUCAGUUUGAGUAACAGGAAGUAGAAUUUAAUUCAGAGCAAUUCAAGAUUGUCUAUUAUAUUGACAAGAUAGUCAAGUGAACACUCUUAACAAUGGAAAUGCAUGUCCUCAAACAUGGAAGACAGGUGGGAGGAGGCUAGAUCAGGUGGGACCAUUCUAUCCAAUGGGAGGGUAGAUGCAUGUGUGACCAACAGGCCAAGGAGAUAGAUAGAGGACCCAUCUUUGUAUCUGUACCAUUAUAGAAUAUCUGACAGCAUGGGCAGCACCAAACUUCUAUUCAAUCAUAUAAGUCUCACGUAGCAAAUUAGCAAUUACAUUUUUUGUCGACCAAAUUCGACACUUUCAUUGACCUCAAUACAAAAUGUUCUCACUUCUUGGGCUUAUAUUCUGUGGGCGGAGUAAACCUCUCGCUUCGCCUCUUCCUCUCUGGUGCAACUAAAAUAAAUUCCACUCAGUUAUAAAACAUGAGAGUUUCAUUGAAUCGGACAGAUCACACUUCCAGAUACCAACGAAUAUAUCACUUUUCUCUGGAAACAAUGUUCAUAUACUCUUUUAACCUUAGCGCUUAUAAUAGCCAACUAAUUAUACUUCCACCAAAUUUGUUUGGCUUCUUUUUGAAGGCCUCAGGCCAGGGUCAAUUUGUGGGUUAAACUAAUGUAUUCUGGGAAAUGUAGUAUUUUCCCCAUACUGAACGAAACGUAAGUGAUAAUUAAAUAUAAUAACUUAGAAUAUUCCCAUGCAGGUGUUGUUUUCCUUGAUCAUUCAUUUUAAGAGUUUGUCCUGAAAAUCUAUUGUUUCAACAAUAUUUUAUAUGCGUGUAUAUAAUGACAUGUUUGAUGUUUUAUGUACAAGUAUAUUUGCAUAGACUACACCCAAUAUACAGUGCCCUCCACUAAUAUUGGCACCCUUGGUAAAUAUGAGCAAAACGGGCUGUGAAAUUUUUUUUUUGCUGUUUAUCCUCUUGGUCUUGCAUUCAAAAUAUUCACAAAAAUUGAAUCUUUAAUUGAAGUAAAAUGAUUUUUGAUAAAUGUGAAAUAAAUAUUUUUCUCCGAAACAUGUGUGCCACAAUUAUUGGCACCCCUUGACAUUUUUAUGAGUAAAAUCUAACUGAAGUAUAUUCCCAUUCAUAUUUUACAUUUUUAAGUUCACCUGAGUGAUUAGGAACACUUAAGUGGUAAGCCAUUACUUCCUGAUUCACUGGGGUAUAAAUAUUAGGUGACACAAAGGCCAAGCUCCCGUAGUCAUCCAUCACUAUGGGAAAUACCCGAGAAUACAUUAAUGAUGUGCGACAAAAGGUUGUUGAGCUGCAUAAAUCAGGAAAUGGCUAUGAGAAAAUAGCUCAAUGGUUGAAAAUGCCCAUUUCCACUAUCAGGGCAAUAAUUAAGAAGUUUAAAGCGACUGGAGAUGUUAACAAUGGGCCUGGAAAUGGACGUGUGUUUAUAUUGACCCCACGCACCGUGAGGAGGAUGGUUCGAGUGGCCCAAAAAUCUCCAAGGAUCACAGCUGGAGAAUUGCAGACGUUAGUUGGGUCUUGCGUUCAGAAAGUCUCCAAAACUACGAUCAGAUGCCACCUACAUAACCACAAGUUGUUUGGGAGGGUUGCCAUAAAAAAAGCCAUUGCUGUCAUCAAACAACAAACUCAAGUGCCUACUGUUUGCCAAACGUUAUUGAAUCUUUCAAUGGGACCGGGUUCUAUGGUUAGAUGAGACCAAAAUAUAGCUUUUUGGAAACAGACACCAGAGGUGGGGUUGUCAUAGACAGAAAGGUAGCCAUGCAGAAAAGUUCCUCAUCCUCACUGUGAAGUAUGGUGGUGGAUUUGUAUGUUGUGGGGCUGUUUUUCUUUCAAAGGCCCUGGACAACUUGUUAGGAUACAUGGUAUCAUGGACUCCAUCAAGUACCAGCAGAUAUUAAAUCAAAACCUGACUGCCUCUGCUAGGAAGCUUAAACUGGGCCAUGGUGGAUCUUCCAGCAGGACAAUGAUCCAAAGCACACCUCAAAAUCAACACAAAAAUAGUUCACUGACCACAGAAUCAAGGUUUUGCCAUGGUCAUCCCAGUCCCCUGACCUAAACCCCAUAGAAAACCUGUGGGAUGAGCUGAAGAGGAGAGUCCACAAGCGUAGACCUUGGAAUCUGAAGUAUCUAGAGAGAUUCUGUAUGGAGGAAUGGUCUCAGAUCCCUUGCCAUGUGUUCUCCAACCUCAUUACACAUUAUAGGAGAAGACUCAGAGCUGUUAUCUUGGCAAAGGGAAGUUGCACGAAGUAUUGAAUGAAGGAGUGCCAAUAAUUGUGGCACACAUAUAUUUGAGAAAAAUAUUUGUUUUAUGAUAAUAAUAAGACCUAGAAGAUAAACAAUAAAGAAAUGUUUUGCUCACAUUUACCAAGUGUGCCAAUAUUAGUGGAGGGCACUGUAGAAUAGAAGAGGCAUUUUUAUUUCACUGAAUUCAAUUAUAUUUCCUUUUAAUUCAAUUCCUUAUCCUGUUUACUACUUCGAUUAGAAUUCAAUUAAAAUUCAAUAAUUUAAUUGGAAUUGAUGAGACAUUCUCAAUUCAAUUCUGAAUUGAGCCCAACCCUGUUUCCUAUGGAAGAUUGACAGUAUAAUUUAAAACAACUGAUAUUCCCAUUCAAGUCAGCAUUCUCUGAUAUGUGUGUGGCCCUCCAACCAUCUUUGAGGUACCAUUUGAAAGUAGAAAUGUCUAUUGUAUUCCCAUUUUAGCACAUUUAACAGCCAAAACAUGACUCCCACCCUAUAUUCAAGAGCAUGCUGAAUUGAGCACAACCCUGCUGUGAAUCUCUUCUGGGAGAAAAUCACAAGUGUAUCCCAGUCCAACCCCACAGAUUGUGACAUCAGCCUGGCUCAGACUGCGAUGGAGGAUUCUGGCCAACAGGGGGCGACCCUGCCAGACACCGAGGGAGAAUGUACAGCCCUUACUCAGAGAAGCGAGUUAAGAGGAGUCAGAGAGAAGCUCCAAUCAGAGCUAAGAGGGAGGUGCGCGUCAUUGUGUGGUGGAACCCCAUCAGGACAAGAAGUGCGGAGCCACUGCCUCACACACGCCUACGUGGAACUCCUCAUCACCGAGGACAAUGUCCAAUGGCACGACGAUAGGCAUGCUGCUGUGCGACCCGUAAGGCCACCAUCAGAUAUGCCCACUGCCAAUGAGGAAGUAGCAAUCAAGCUUGACGACAUCUUCAAACCGCCGCUAUCUCCGGAUCGGCCUCAAGUAAAAACCGUCCUGACAAAGGGACCCGCGGGCUCAGGGAAGACGGCGAGUGUCCAGAAGUUUAUUUUGAACUGGGCAGAGGACAGAGCCAAUCAGGACGUCGACUUCAUGUUUGUCUUUCCCUUCAGUGAACUCAAUUGGCUGAUAGACCGGCGCUUCAGUCUGAGUGGCCUCAUCAGCCACUUCCACUCAUCCAUGACGUCAGUGAGCGAGACCCCCAGUUUGGACCUGAGUCGGUCGAAGAUGGUCUUCAUCUUGGAUGGUUUGGACCAAUUCAACUUCCAUGUGGACUUUAAUAGCUUAUCGGUGGAGUCUGACAUCAAUAAGGAGAUGCCUUUGCCCGUCCUCCUAGCAAACCUCAUGUGGUGUCAGCUGCUUCUUCCCUCCGCCUACGUCUGGGUGAUCACCAGGCCUGCGGCCGCCAGUUUCAUCCCCAUCGACUUCCUCCCCCAACAACGAUGCUUGACGGAGAUAUGGGGGUUUGACGACCCCCAGAAGAGGGAGUUCUUUAGAAAGAGGUUUGGCGAUCAGAGUCUGGUGCACAAAGCUAUCGCCCUAGUCAUGAAAGCUAUUGCCCUAGAGUCAUCACGGAACCUCUGCGUCCUGUGCCAGACACCGUUGUGCUGUGAGAUGUUGGCGGCCAUUUUAGAAAACACUGAGGAGGGAGAGCGUGUUGAGAUAGACACUCUGACGCAACUAUACACUCAUUUUUUGCUUGUUCAGAUCGGUUUAAAGAACGAUCUAAAUGGUGAACACUCAGAAUCAAUCAGAGAGGUUGUUCGUAAGCUAGGGAAGCUGGCUUUUCUACAACUGGAGAGAGGAAAUAUCAUAUUCAGCGAGAGCGAUGUGAAGGAACACGGAAUCGACAUCUCCAAAAGUUCCACAUUCCACAGGUUGUGUAGCCCGCUCAUCGCAGGGUGUGAGAUGUACCUGGAGGAAAUGUACCGCUUUACGUACACGGGUAUUCAAGACUACCUAGCUGCUCUGCAAGUGUUUCUCACCUACACAAACAAAAGGAGAAACCUACUACUCCACCGUACUACACUCUUUGGUCGAUUGAAAGGGACGUUCAGGAGAGCAACCCUUUUAGACCUCCACAGAUGCUCCGUGGACAGGGUUUUACGAAAUACGCACGGAACUUAUGACCUCUUCCUGUGCUUCCUCCUUGGCCUCUCAACAACACCCAACCAGACUCUCUUAGAUCUAGCAUGUCUAGGGAAAAGUCUAAAGGUCACAGGCUCAGAGGGGAUCACGGAGAUCACGGCGGAGUACAUCAAGCAGGCAAUCAAGGCUGAGCCUUACCCUCAGACCACCCUGGCGCUUUUCCGCGGUCUGCGGGAGCUGGGGGAUGCCUCGCUGGGCAGUGAGGUCCGAUGCUACCUGGCCUCCGAGUCCCGGUGGGGGUUCCUGUUGGAGCCCGACCAAUGCUGGGAGCUGGCGGACAUGCUUUGGGCAGGAGGGGAGUUGGAGAGGGAAGUGUUUAGGGAGAUGGAACGUUUGAGUUGGACGCGCCGGAUGAGCAUGUGGGGCUUUUGGAGGAUGCAGACCGUACUGGGAGACAGACACUGGCAGGUCUACUAGAAAGAUAUCACUGCUAUAUGAAUGGUCUUCUAGAGAGACAUCAGCACGGACUGUACUGCCACAUCUACCAAAUUGCCAUUGCAGAGACUUUAGAGUUUAGAGAGAUGUAUAGGUGCAUUAGGAAGGUAGGUUUGAGUGUUUUA